AUGUUCCAAAAGAAGAAGAGACGGUCGGCGAAGACCGCAGAAGCUGCAAAGAGAGAGGAGGGAGGAGAAGCUGUCGGCUCUCCGCCUGCUGAGAGGCCCAGCAGCGCUGACAAGGCCCUAGACAAGGCCCCGCCGGCUGCCCCGCCCAAGGAGGGGCAUGAUAUCGCCCAUGUGUCGAUAGCAGCUGCGGCCGAGAAAACCGGCGUCUCGAGGAGGAGCCAGCAGUGCUUGGCCUGCACCCAACGGGAGAAGGAAAAUGGUGAGCUCAAGAAGAAACUCGGGGCGCUGAGAGCAUCGCUGGCUGACAUGAGUGGCACUUUGGAGCGCUCCAAAGACUACAUCGGGAGGCUCGAGAAGCAGGCAGCGACGCUUAAGCGCCAAAGGGAUGUGCUGCAAGCCGAGAAUGAGCUGCUGUCCGACGAGACUGCGGAGUGAGCUCACACAUGCACCAAGGAUGCACAAAUGCAUGACCUGGUGCAUGGCCUGCAUUUGUGCAUUUCCUUUGCAGCUUCUUGCCCCUGCCAGAGGCGCGAAAGGUUUGUUGGAAGACCCUGCAGAAAGGCCGCGCUUUGCAGCUCUUCGUCACGUUGCCCUGGAGGACGUCGGCUGGGAGGAGGCUAUUGAGACAAGCCCUUGAGAAACUGAGGGCAAAUCGUGACAGCAAGAGGACCGUCGUCGACAACCUCCUUGCCGCCACGACAGACCGGGAAAGGCCUGAACCGGGGCGGCUGGCCGAACUAAGACAGGAGCAAUUGCAUAUUGUGGGCGAGAACGCCCGACUCCUGGAGGAAGUCCAGUCACUUAAGGCAAUGUUUGGCAGCAGACGGGCGGAAAGGUCUCUGCAGCUCCCGGGCCAUCCUCUGCCAAGUGCUGGUGUGGUCGACCACCCCUUGCAUGUGGAGUACGACUCGCGCAUUGUUGACAGCGUGCUGGCGAGAUUUGUCACCGUCUUUGCCUUCCAACAGAGAAGGCUCCUCUGGACUACAUUCGCCAGGUGGGACACAGGACCAACCGAUCCGAUUUUCACACACGUCUCCUCUCCUCUUGAUGUCGUUUGUCCAGGCUGCGGUUUCAUGCGAGCCAUUUGGUUGUGGAUGCGGAAGAGGCUAGUGCUCAACGUGAGCUUUCACAGCUGUGCAGAGAGGCCGGGGAAGCCUAUCGCAUCCAAACGCUAUUCCUCGUCCUCAAGUGGGCUGACAGGGACACGAGCCGGUCCAGUACAGUACGUGUCGCGGCACUCGGAUGGUGUAAUGUGCGUCUCUCACCUUAUCAGGUGUUUCUUGUCUCGGCGUGUGUGUCGCUCUUUCAUGAAGCUCUAUGCUGUGCAUUCGGAUUUCUGGGUGGAGACAUUCCCAUUCUGCCAUGCCUGUCAAGCGGCACAUCCCCCUGGUACGUUCAGAGACAUCAAUCGCUUUGCUGCCGAGGUGAUCAGACGUGGCCAAUGCAUGUCUGUCAAUGUAUGUAUCCAUGCAGGAGCCCACAGCAAGUACCGCCGUCAGCAGUAUAUGGUGUCGAGAAGAACUGAGAGAGCAGUUGAUGGGGACGACUCCGCUCCGCCCCUCAUGUCUUCAUCCGAUGCUCUCGCUGCAGCAGCAGCCGUACACGUUCCCCCUUAUUUCGACUUCUUGCCCUCCAACAAGUGGCGGCGCAAAACUUCAUAUAACCGUUUCGUGGUUUCAGGAAGCAACCUGUCGUUGCGAGUCCCCCCCGAGCCGCAUGCCGAGAGAGAAGAGCAGACUGACGAGCUGGAGUCUACCUCUCAGUUCCUGCCUGCCCCUGCUCACGAGGACGAUCACACGGCUGCGACACCUCAGUUCCCCUCGCCAGUGA